AUGAACCCGUCAGAGUUUCAGGUAGAAAUUCCUCCAGAGUCUGUUCUCUUGUUGCCUUCCAAAGAAGCAGUCAGUGUCAGUGACCUUGAAGCCAUGGAAAUCAAGGUCAAGAAUUUGAUUGUUUUAGAUGGAACAUGGUCAGAGGCAAAGAGAAUGUAUGUGGGGAACCCCUGGCUUAAGCUACUGCCGCACUUAAGGUUGGAUUUGGACAAGCUCAGCUUGUACAAUGAAGUCAGAGUCCAGCCUAAACCUGGAUUACUUUCCACCAUUGAGAGCAUUGUGUACGCGCUAAAGGCAGUAGGGGACAGUCCCGAAGGCCUAGACAAUCUCUUGGAUGUUUUCGAGUCCAUGGUUGGAGACCAGAGACGAUGCAAAGAAGAGAGAUUGAGCAAUGUCUCGCCACCCGGGUGA